UUGUGGAAAGACAAAAAGUUGAUUUGUUCCUCAGAGGCUGCAGCUCAGCACAUCCAGCCAAAUUCGCAUGUCUCCGUGCGUCAGCGCAUGUUUCUGUGGGCGAGGACACAUAUGGUGAUGAGACCGAGCACAUGUGUUAUUGUCGCCUCCUCCAAGUUAAUCUCUGAAGAGGAGGUGUGGUCGCCUCCUCCUUCUUUUGGAUCCCAAAACUGAAUAUUCAACAGCAUUUUGCCUCGAGCUUUUCAUCGAGCGUCAGUGAAACGUCCUCGGGUGGUUCGAUUUUGAUACUUUACCUGGCUUUGCUCUUCUGACAUCUCUCUAAAAUGAGUUUCAGCAGUGAUAUGGAUGAGACGGAAGAUGGGAGCAACAGAGAGUUCGAGAGCGUGGAGAUGAAUAAGCUGCGUCAGAGCCUGCGCAGGAAGAAGCCCACCUACAUGCCGGAGGCCAGCCGGCCCCACCAAUGGCAGGCAGACGAAGAGGCUGUGCGAAAGGGCAAAUGCAACUUUCCUGUCCGGUACCUUGGUCUGGUGGAGGUAGAGGAGUCCAGAGGGAUGCAUGUGUGUGAAGAAGCAGUGAAAAAACUGAAAGUGAGUGGGAAAAAAACUGUCAAGGCUGUGCUUUGGGUGUCUGCUGACGGCCUGAGAGUAGUGGACGACAAAACCAAGGACCUCAUUGUUGACCAGACCAUUGAGAAGGUGUCCUUCUGCGCACCUGAUCGUAAUUACGACAAAGCUUUCUCCUACAUCUGCCGUGAUGGAACGACUCGCCGCUGGAUGUGCCACUGCUUCAUGGCCUUGAAGGACUCGGGAGAACGUUUGAGUCACGCGGUCGGAUGCGCCUUUGCCGCCUGCCUUGAGCGGAAGCAGCGCAGAGAGAAGGAGUGCGGGGUCACAGCUUCCUUCGAUGCGAGCCGCACAUCAUUUGUGAGGGAAGGCUCCUUCCGCGUCUCCUCAGCUGGACAGCAGAGUGACCGAGAGGACAUCAUGAAACAACUGCAGGACAAAAAGAAAGAAGUCUGUGGAAUUUCUGCAAUGCCUCCCGGAAAUGCAUCUCCUCCAGAAGGAGCGGCGUCUCCGGGGGAGCGAGCGGAGCCAGGCGGGCCUCACGCCAUCCCUCGCCGCCACGCUCCCAUCGAGCAGCUGGUGCGGCAGGGCUCUUUCCGCGGCUUUCCACAGCUCAGCCAGAAGAACUCCCCUUUCAAACGACAGCUCUCCCUGCGCUUGAAUGAUCUCCCGUCAACCCUGCAGCGCAAGACGGACUUCCAGACCAAGAACCCAGUUCCAGAGAUGGAUCUAUCAGUGGCAGGAGAGGUGGACAGCAUAAAUGCUCUCUGCAGCCAAAUCAACAACUCUUUCACCAAACCAUCUGAGGAUCUGUGUGCCAAAGCCACCAGCAACUGCUUACCACCCGCCAUUCCCCCUCCACCUGCUCCACCGCAAGCUACAAGCUCAUGGGUUCAGACAGAGCCGGCUGUCCAGUCUCCUCCACGCUCUCAGGGCGGCCAUAAACGAACCCCGUCCGAAGCAGAACGCUGGUUGGAGGAAGUGGCUAAAGCGGUGAAAGCCCAGCAGCAGACUCCGCCGACCCUACCACCGCCACCCACUCAGCAGCCUCCGCCGGUGCCCACCAUGCCCAUCGCUCCCGGUUCCCUUCCCUCCGCCAUGCAGCCUUUCCCGAUGGCCUUUGACGUCACUCCCGCACCCGUAGGCAUGUUCCCCCAACAGCCCCUCCAACCGGCUUUUGUACCUAUGCAGCCGUACAUGCCCAGUCUGGCCAACAGCAUGACCUAUCCCAACGCCAGUGUGCCCGUGGUGGGCAUCACACCGUCACAGAUGGUGGCUAAUGUAUUCUGCUCUGCGGCCGGGACAGGGGGUGGAGGAGUGGCGAUGGGGGUCGGGAUGGGGCCGAAGACGGGUACGCUUGGCGGUGGCCAACAAUCAGCUUUCCCCACCCUGUCCGGGGGCUUCCCCACCACCACGUUCGCAUCUCCUCCGACCGUCAACGGCCACCCGCAUAACUCCUUCCCAUCAACGACCACGACUACGAGUGUCACGCAAAACGGUAGUACCGUAAAAAGCGGCACCGGUUGGCCAAUGGAGAGUCUGAAUCUGAAUCCCACGGGCGGUUCCCAGGAAGCGGAGCAUUUUGAGGCGAAGUGGGCUGCUUUGGAGUCCAAAUCGCAACCGAAAGCGCCAAACCCUUUUUCGAAUGACUUGCAAAAGACUUUUGAGAUUGAACUAUAAUCGUAAGGAGGCUCUGAACUAUUUCAUACCCCAUUCCCCUUCCCCUUUUUUGUCUCCUAAGGGGUUUUUCUUAUGCUCAAGGGCAUUGGUUGAUGUAAGAGAUCAUUCGGUUGCAUUUUUAAGAAUCAAACGCAAGACCGUCACAACAUGUUGGGCACUUAAAAGACAGCUUGAAAGAGAUACCUGCACAUUACUUCCACCGGUAAUGACCCUUGCUUGGAAAAUGAAUGAUUUUGCUUGAAGGGAUAUUUUGAAAUUAGACGAUGGUCGAAGUUUAUUUAUUGUUCUUAUUUGAUUAGAAUGGUUAUUUUUAAUCAGAUUUUAAUUAUUCUCGGUUUUCCCUUAUUUAUUUACGUUGAACAGGGUGAAAGGAUUACUGGUGGAAUAAAUUGGCGACUUGAAAAUCGAUACACCAAAUGAUUAUGAUUGGGUUACGUUAUCUUGUAGAACUGAGUUUACGUUGUGGUGUAAAUAGCAUGCUUUCAGUUUACUUUAUUUAUUGCCCAUUUCUGUGGCCGUUAGGUUCAUUAAUUCCAAAUGAAUCAGAACCAUUGAAGGAUCCGCUCUGAAUCAAGCGGAUGCCGUUAGUUCCACCAACAGGUACAUUCCAACCCUGAUUAUACGAUGGUGACCCAUCAUGCAAUGCAAAAACUAGACCGAAAUGCCACUGUAGUGACCUUGACUUCUAGUAACCCUUUAGAGAUUUGGAACAAAAUUUCUGAGGUUUAUAGUUUUAUUUUUAUAAUCCGAACUGAUGAAAAAUAUGACUUUGGUCAACCUUAUUUGGUUUCAUAGGGCUUUUCAGUUGUUAUGAAUGUAUUUCAGAAACUCUAUGACCAUUAUAGGGUGGUAAAAUGUGUUAAAUGGGUGGUUGUGAAGGAAAUUUAGAAAAAAGAUUCGUUUUUGCAAGCAAUGGAACGACUACACAGACUCUUAAAGGGACAGAGUCAUUUGGUCCCGUUCAUGCAUGCUUAAAAUAUCCCAUAUUACAGUAUGUUAAAACAUUGAAUAUGCAUAUUAGUCUUGGCUUUUGUUUCUUGUCAGCACUGUUUCACUCGCUCUGGUCUAAGAAUGGGAAUAAUUGUCUUUAAUUGCAGGCGAAUAAUCACACACACUCUACGCUAUAAGAUCUCACGCAGUUAUCGUAACAAUAGAUUCGGAUGCCGCUCAUUCAAGAGGUUCACAUUUUCUCCAGCGUGGAGCAUUUAGGCACAUUUAUUGUUCAGUAAUGCUCGACGGUCGUAUUUUUAUUUUCUUGGGGAAUUAUCCAAGUGUGCGAAUAAGACGUUGAAUGAGCUUUCCGGAGUGUGUGGAGCCUCCAAGUGUCAAAGCUAGAUGAUCAAAGUCAGACUGCACACUGUGCUCGGCGAGGUGAACAAAUACACUCUUCCUGUGGAGAUUUAAUAGCAGUGGACAUUCGAGGCAGGCACAAUGUUUUUAACUCCUGUUUCAAAAGGCCAUUUUGACCGUCAUGUGUUAGAAAUCGACCUCCCGGUUUUCUUAUCAAUUGUUUAUUACAGGGUCAAGCGGGUGUAUUGUGGCACAAUGAAUCUGAAAAUAGUCCUUUUUCCAAAGACAAUGCAUUUGUAAUUUGGCCGAGCGGAUGUCGUGUGGCGUCAAACUGGUGAAUUUAUUACACUCGAUUGCCCUGGCUCUUUUUUUGUCCACGCUCUCCCCUUGACAAAAUCUAGGUUUUUUUUUUUUCAAAACCAGGGAAUUAAAUUACCUCAUAAAGUUGAUUGUAAACUUUAGUGUAGUGAUAACAAACCAGUGGAGUUUAUUUUUAAUCUUUAUUUACAGAAUUUUGUAUUUAAACCUACAUAUUUCUAUUGUAAUUACAUUGUAUAAAAGAUAAAUAAAUAAUAUAAUAUAAACAAUG